GCUCGCAGCUCCUGCAGUAGCUCUCGGGGCGUUGCACCCUGGUCUCCCCUCCUUCCCCCCCCCCCACUCCCACAGUCCGCCUGUAUCCCUGCAUUCCCUGCUGCAGCAACGGCUCCCCCCCCCCCCCCGAAUCCCAUCAGUAGCAGCAGCAGCUCCCAGGCUCAGCGCCGCUCUCUGCAGCUGUGCUCCGCGGCUGCUCCGUCCGCUAGGGCUGGGGAGGCCGCCAUGUUGGAUCCUGAGAGCCCAGCCGCAGCGGCCGCCGCCGCCUGUGGGUGUGAGUGAGGGGGAGACCCGGGAGCCGGGCCGGCGAAGGGGGGGGGGCGCGUGUGGAGGAGCAGGAGCCGGCGGAGCGGAAAGCGGGGCGCAGGCUGUGAGCCCUCCCUGCUCCCCGCCGGAGGAAGAUGCCCUUAGCCCGGUGGGGCGAAGCCGGGGCAGCAUCUCUCCAUCCCCUGGAUUGAAAAGACCAGCAGCAGCACUUCCUAGCACCUGGGGGCCUUACAUGCCCAGUAUCUUCUAAUCUCCUCCAGCAGGAGGGGGGGCGGCACCCCGCUCCCCAGGGCCGCCACCCGGCAGGAGGACACGCACAGACAUGGGAAGGAUUUGACAGGGUUAUUAGCCUGCCCCCCACCUUCCCUGGGUGGUGCUGGUAUUUCGGGGGCUGGUUAGCGCCCCACUCCACACACAGCAGAGAAGAAGGUGGGGGGGGAUGAAGCCUUUUAUUUUUGGGGAUCACUGAAAAGCCUUAAAAGGAGACUCCUGGAGGAGGAGGAGAAAGGAAAAGCCUCCCUCAGACAGGACUUGGCUGAGCCCUGAGGAGAGGCUGCUUCCAGCGACUUGUUCCCCCCCCUUCUGAAGAAAUUGCCACUGAUGCAUUUACCGAGUGGUGCUGGAGGAGGAGGAGGAGGUGGAGGUGGUGGGUAUUUUGUAGCCCUUUCCCUCCCCUCCUCUAUGCAUUUAAUUUUCUUCUUCCUUUUAUAUAUUUUUCCUUCUGCUGCUCCUUCCUGGGAAGUGAAUUGCUGAUGCAAACUGAAUGGGGCUUUUACACUUUAGUGAUGCCGUGGGAUUCUUUUCAGGAUUAUGUUGCAUGAUUUGAAUUUUGAAUGAAGGAGAAGACCUUUUUAAAUAUAUAAAUAUAUCUAUUGCUCUAUAUAUGAUAAAAUUUGGUGUCAGUCUUGGUUGAAUUUCAUUUUAAUUAUUAUUAUUUAAAUGUCAAGAGUGACGAUAUAUUUUUUUCUUUCUUUUUAAAAGUAUUAAAAUAUUUUUUUUAGGAUAACUUUUCAUUCAAAUGUGUAUAUACUGUAUAUGUGUGUGUAUAUUAGUGAAACUGACCGAGAUUCAGUUUUCAGACUAGGAACACUGAGGUGGAUUGUAAAUUUAGCACCACCUUUGCUACAUUGGCAUUUGUUUUAAAAAAUACGUUGUUGAUUUUCUUUUUUAACAAUUCAUUUAAAAGUUAGUUUUUUUUAAAAAAAUAAUAAUAAUUAAAAAAGAAACCCCAAUACAAACUGAAACAACCAUGUCUGGAGAGGUGCGUUUGAGGCAGUUGGAACAGUUUAUUUUGGAUGGGCCAACUCGGACUAAUGGGCAAUGCUUCAGUGUGGAAACCUUGCUGGAUAUACUCAUCUGCCUUUAUGAUGAAUGUAAUAAUUCCCCCCUGAGGAGAGAGAAGAAUAUUCUUGAGUAUCUAGAAUGGGCCAAACCUUUUACAUCUAAGGUGAAACAGAUGCGACUACAUAAAGAAGAUUUUGAAAUCUUGAAGGUGAUUGGUCGAGGAGCCUUUGGAGAGGUUGCAGUAGUAAAACUGAAAAAUGCAGAUAAGGUAUUUGCCAUGAAAAUACUGAAUAAAUGGGAGAUGCUGAAGAGAGCUGAGACAGCCUGUUUUCGAGAAGAGAGGGAUGUACUAGUGAAUGGAGAUAACCAGUGGAUCACAACAUUGCACUAUGCCUUCCAGGAUGACAACUAUUUAUACCUGGUUAUGGAUUACUAUGUUGGAGGAGAUCUGCUCACUCUGCUCAGCAAGUUUGAGGACAGGUUACCUGAAGAUAUGGCUCGUUUUUAUUUGGCUGAAAUGGUGAUGGCGAUUGAUUCUGUACAUCAGUUACACUACGUCCACAGGGACAUUAAACCAGACAACAUCUUGAUGGAUAUGAAUGGACAUAUUCGGUUAGCAGAUUUUGGUUCUUGUCUGAAACUGAUGGAAGAUGGAACGGUCCAGUCUUCGGUAGCAGUUGGAACUCCAGACUACAUCUCUCCAGAAAUCCUGCAGGCCAUGGAAGAUGGAAAAGGGAAGUAUGGACCUGAGUGUGACUGGUGGUCCCUAGGUGUUUGCAUGUAUGAAAUGCUUUAUGGAGAGACACCCUUUUAUGCAGAGUCAUUGGUGGAGACCUACGGGAAAAUAAUGAACCACAAAGAGAGGUUUCAGUUUCCUGCACAAGUGACAGAUGUGUCUGAAAAUGCCAAGGACCUCAUUCGAAGGCUCAUUUGCAGCAGGGAGCAUCGACUUGGGCAAAAUGGGAUAGAAGACUUUAAGAACCACCCAUUUUUUGCUGGGAUUGAAUGGGAUAACAUUCGGAACUGUGAAGCACCUUACAUCCCUGAAGUCAGUAGUCCAACUGAUACAUCAAACUUUGAUGUGGAUGACGAUUGUUUAAAAAACUCUGAGACAAUGCCUCCACCAACACAUACUGCAUUUUCUGGUCAUCAUCUGCCAUUCGUGGGUUUUACAUAUACAAGUAGCUGUGUGCUUUCAGACCGCAGUUGUCUAAGAAUUACAGCUGGACCACCCUCUAUGGACCUUGAUGCCAGUGUUCAAAGGACUUUGGAGGAUAGCUUAGCAACAGAAGCUUAUGAGAGGAGAAUAAGGCGCCUGGAGCAGGAAAAACUUGAACUCAGUAGAAAACUGCAAGAAUCCACCCAGACAGUCCAGGCUUUACAGUAUUCAACUGUGGAUGGUCCAAUAACAGCAAGCAAAGAUCUAGAAAUUAAAAGCUUAAAAGAAGAAAUUGAAAAGUUAAGAAAACAGAUAACCGAUUCUGGUCAGCUGGAACAGCAACUGGAGGAGGCCAGUUCUGCACGACGAGAAUUAGAUGAUGCUUCUAGACAAAUCAAGGCUUUUGAGAAACAAAUUAGAUCACUGAAGCAAGAGAGAGAGGAUCUUAAUAAGGAACUGAUGGAGUCUAGUGAGAGAUUAAAAUCCCAAAAAGAGCUAAAAGAUGCACCCAGCCAGCGGAAACUGGCCAUGCAGGAGUUCUCAGAGAUGAAUGAGCGGCUGACCGACUUGCACUCUCAAAAACAGAAACUUACCCGCCAGGUUCGAGAUAAAGAGGAAGAGUAGGACGUGGUGAUGCAAAAGGUGGAAAUCUUAAGGCAAGAGUUACGGAAACAGAAGACUCAAAAAGAACUGGAAGUCCAUGCUGAAGCUGCAGCUGCUGAGGCAUCCAAGGACAGGAAAUUGCGUGAGGAAAGUGAGCAGUACUCUAAACAGCUGGAGAGUGAACUGGAAGGACUAAAGCAAAGACAAGUUGGUCGCUUACCAGGGGUGAGGCAGCACAGAACUCAGCAAGAGAUUCACCAAAUAAAGGCUGAGUUGGAAAAGGAGAGUGUUUCUAUGAAGAGGAACUAUCCAAAACGAGAAAUAUACAUGCUAAUGAAAUCAAAUCCUGAAGAAAGAACUGCGGGAUGCAGAGAGCCAACAGCUUGCCCUCAAGAAAGAGAUCAUGAUCUUGAAAGACAAGUUAGAAAAGACCAGAGAGAGAGCCAAAGUGAAAGAGAGGAGUUUGAAACAGAGUUCAAACAGAAGUAUGAAUGGGAGAAGACUCUGCUAACAGAGGAAAACAAAAAGCUCUCAAAUGAGCUUGAUAAGCUUACCACGAUGUUUGAGAGGCUAAGUAUGAACAACCGACAGCUAGAAGAAGAAAUGAGAGACCUGGCAGAUAAAAAGGAAUCUGUGGCACACUGGGAGGCCCAAAUUACUGAGAUCAUCCAGUGGGUGAGUGAUGAAAAGGAUGCUCGAGGGUAUCUACAAGCCUUGGCCUCUAAAAUGACAGAAGAGCUAGAGGCUUUGAGGAACUCCAGUUUGGGUGCAAGAGCAACCGACAUGCCCUGGAAGAUGCGCCGCUUUGCAAAACUGGAUAUGUCAGCAAGGCUGGAACUGCAGUCAGCCCUUGAUGCAGAAAUCCGAGCCAAACAGGCCAUUCAAGAUGAGUUAAAUAAAGUUAAAGCUUCCAGCAUCUCAACAGAAUGUAAACUUCAAGAGUCAGAGAAGAAGAACUUGGAACUGUUGUCAGAAAUUGAAAAACUGAAAAAGGAGACAGAAGACCUUAGAUCAGAAAAGGGUGUAAAGCACCAAGACUCACAGAAUUCUUUCUUGGCAUUUUUGAAUGCUCCUACCUCUGCUCUGGAUCAAUUUGAACGCUCUCCUUCCUGUAUUCCAGCUAACAAAGGCAGACAUAUUGAUUCAGUUGAGAACUUUACGUUGUCUAAUACUCCUUUACGGGAUGAAGAUAUCAAGUCUCGCCUCCAUUCAAGAUCUAGGUCUCCUUCCACAGCUAGUGACAUUGAAUCAAUUGAGGUUACAGAUCAUCCUCCACGCUUGGUUCAUACACCAGCCAUGAGGACAGCAUAUAUUGGAUCAGGACUCUCUGCACCAAAGCCUAAGGCCCACCAGUUUGUAGUGAAAUCUUUUAAUACCCCUACAAAAUGCAAUCAGUGCACAUCUCUGAUGGUUGGUUUAAUAAGACAGGGCUGCACUUGUGAAGUAUGUGGAUUCUCAUGCCAUGUGACCUGUGCAGACAAGGCCCCAGCAGUGUGCCCAAUCCCUCCUGAACAGACCAAGGGCCCUCUGGGAAUAGAUCCACAGAAAGGCAUAGGAACUGCAUACGAAGGUCAUGUUCGAGUUCCUAAACCAGCUGGAGUAAAGAAAGGUUGGCAGAGAGCACUGGCCGUGGUCUGUGAUUUCAAACUCUUCCUAUAUGAUAUAGCAGAAGGAAAAGCAUCCCAGCCCAGCGUGGUAGUGAGUCAGGUUAUUGACAUGAGGGAUGAAGAAUUCUCAGUGAGUUCUGUCUUGGCCUCUGAUGUCAUCCAUGCAAAUCGAAAAGAUAUUCCCUGUAUAUUUAGAGUUACAGCUUCCCAGCUCUCUGCAUCCAGUAAUAAGUGUUCGAUCCUGAUUCUAGCAGACAGUGAGAAUGAAAAGAGCAAAUGGGUAGGGGUGCUGAAUGAAUUGCAUAGGAUUUUGAAGAAGAACAAGCUCAAAGACCGAUCAGUCUAUGUUCCCAAAGAGGCUUAUGACAGCACCCUCCCUCUCAUCAAAACAACCCAGUCAGCAGCAAUUAUAGAUCAUGAAAGAAUAGCUCUGGGCAAUGAAGAAGGGUUGUUUGUUGUGCAUGUCACCAAAGAUGAGAUUAUUCGUGUUGGUGAUAAUAAGAAGGUUCAUCAGAUUGAGCUCAUCCAUAAUGAACAGCUCAUUGCAGUGAUCUCAGGACGAAACCGUCAUGUUCGGCUUUUCCCUAUGGCAGCCCUGGAUGGAAGAGAAACUGAGUUUUAUAAGCUGGCAGAGACAAAAGGCUGCCAGACAAUAGUUUCUGGACAGGUACGCCAUGGAGCCCUUACUUGCUUGUGUGUGGCUAUGAAAAGACAGGUCCUGUGUUAUGAACUGAAUCAGAGCAAGACGCGUCACAAAAAGAUGAAGGAGAUCCAAGUCCUGGGAAAUGUCCAGUGGAUGUCGGUCUUCAGUGAGCGGCUCUGUGUGGGUUACCAGUCAGGAUUCCUAAAAUAUCUCUUGCAUGGAGAAGGGAACCCAUACAGUUUGCUCCACCCAGAUGACCACACCCUAUCAUUUAUUGCACAGCAGCCAACUGAUGCCAUUUGCGCAGUCGAAAUCUCAAAUAAAGAAUAUCUGCUGUGUUUUAGCAGCGUUGGGGUUUAUGUUGACUGUCAGGGCCGAAGAUCUAGACAACAGGAAUUGAUGUGGCCUGCAACACCAUCCUCUUGCUGUUACAAUGCACCAUGCCUCUCAGUAUACAGUGAAAAUGCGGUCGAUAUCUUUGAUGUGAACUCCAUGGAAUGGAUUCAGACUAUUCCACUCAAGAAGGUACGACCAUUGAAUACAGAAGGAUCACUAAACCUUUUAGGACUGGAGACAAUUAGAUUAAUAUAUUUCAAAAAUAAGAUGGCAGAGGGAGAUGAACUGGUAGUUCCUGAGACAUCAGAUAACAGCCGGAAGCAAAUGGUUCGAAACAUCAACAAUAAGCGUCGUUAUUCAUUCAGAGUACCAGAGGAGGAGAGAAUGCAGCAGAGGAGGGAGAUGCUACGAGAUCCAGAAAUGAGAAAUAAAUUAAUUUCUAAUCCAACUAAUUUUAACCACAUAGCACACAUGGGUCCAGGAGAUGGAAUACAGAUCCUCAAAGACCUGCCUAUGAACCUUCGGCCUCAGGAAAGUCGGACCAUGUUCAGUGCCUCUGUCAGUAUCCCAUCUAUCACAAAAUCCCGCACAGAACCAGGGCGAUCGAUGAGCGCCAGUAGCGGGUUGGCAGCAAGAUCGUCUGCACAGAACGGCAGUGCUUUGCGGCGGGAAUUUUCAGGCGGGAGCUAUGGAGCCAAGCGUCAGCCUAUGGCAUCACCAUCAGAUGGUUCACUGUCCUCUGGUGGUUUAGACCAAGGCAAUGAGGUGCCGACAAGGGACUAUGAACGAGAGGAUUCUGAUUCUCCAAGGCAUUCUACAGCUUCUAACAGUUCCAACCUAAGUAGUCCUCCCAGCCCAGUUUCUCCUCACAAGACCAAGAGUCUCUCCCUGGAGAGCUCUGACCACGUGAGUUGGGACUCAUGAACUGCUUCAGCAUUCAGAUCCAACAUCACUGCGGCUUAUUAUCCCUCUGGCUCCCCCUUCACUCAACCCAGUUCUCACUUUCAUCACCCUGCCCACUCCCUCUGAAAAUGAUGUGAGGGGAAGGGAGGGAAGAAGAUAAAAGAUUUGCCUUCUCUAGUACUAUUCAGCACUGCCUCGGCCUCCCCAGUUUUAGCAGCGGCAAACAAGCAAACCUAGGGUGUUGGUCAACAGCAGAUGCAGUAGAUUUGUAUUAGUACUGGUUUCAUUUCAUGUGGCUACAGCUGCUUCUGAUAUAAAUAUAUUUACCCCACCUCAACUUGGGGGAAAAAAAAAGUAGCUUAAAUAGACUAGAACAAUAUCAAUUAAAAGAAUAAAUCAGAUGGAUUGUUUCCAUACAAGAACUAAUUAUCUUGUACAAGAGUAGCACAGGGACCCCACUUCUGGUGGGGAGCAACCAGUCUGUCAGAGGCACAUGAAAGCUUUCAGCUAGCCACCAUGUUUGAAUGUCAAUCUGAUUGUCGCCAGCAAAUCCUUAUUAAAACGAUGCAUAUUUUACUACAGUACAGAGUUUAAAUACGUAUGUAUAUAUUCAAAGGAGAAAAAGCAGCAUCGUGUAUGCAGAAGAAGAUGGAUGCCUAUUUAAGAGAACCUUUAAUUUAAAAAGAUUUAUGGUGUUCCCGUUUUCAUGCUAAGAAACACACAUUGGAAGCCUGGCCUAUAUGUAUGCAGGAGCGGAAUGUUCCCUUUGGGUGAGACUGCAUUGUUUUAGGAGAAAUCCCCCACAGUGUGUUCAGUGACCUUUAUUCCUCUUGUCAGUAGCAGAAUUAAAGUUGUAAUCCUCAUUUUGAAGAUGACCCUGCCUGUCAUCCACAAGAAUAACGUUGAUUUGAAAGUGAACCACUCUCCCAUCUACAACAAAGAGCAACAUUCAGCCAUGUUGUCACCAUGGUUUCCAGUGGGGCCGGCACUAGUUGUGCAGCUUGACACCCUUGGCACUCAUGGAUCUCUGCUGGAUACAGUAUACACCCUACGGCAAUAAUGGAACAGUGCAGAAGAAAUCGUAGGGGUUACCAUUUCUCAAGAAGGUCAGUGCCUGACCUGGUUUAAUGAAGGAAAUGGUCUUGCGAGCCUCCUCGGCCAUAUGUUAACCAGAAAGCUGUUACAUUGAUCAUCAAACGUUAGCAUACAAUCCACAUCAGUCAAAUGUGAGUCCUGUUAGCCUGAAAAGAGCCUCUGUGGAAUAUGUUGUUGCUGUAGCAUUGCAAAGAACCUUGAAGAUGCUGACCUAAUACUGUUCAUGCUGUAGCAGUUUAAGACACCUGGUAGCCCAUAGCUGCCAUGCUGAUGAGGUUAAUCAUUUCCAUCCCCCACCAUUUUUGGGCUGUGGUUUCAAUUUUUUUCUAUACAAUACUCUGCUGUUUGAGUCCAAUAGCAAUGCAGGUUGCAGGCAGAAGGACCACACCACCAGAGGACAGGCUCAGCAGAAGAUGCAGGUCUGUCUUUCAGCAAAGAGCCUGACAUUUAAAUCAAGGGAAUAAAGAGGAAGCAAGAUAAAAAGCAAACCAAUGUCAAGCAGGAAGAUCAUCCAUUCCCUUUUCCAGUGUGAGCUUCUCUUCUCAGUGGGAUCAUUGCUAGCUUUACGCCACCACGCCGCUCAAGCAUAUAAAAGGCUUUUUGUAUUUAGAAAACUGGUUUUCCUAUGAUUUGGAAUUUUUUUAUGGCUUCUAUCAAACCAUUCCAAGUGCUUACAGUCAGCUGUGUAACAUGUUUCAUUCACAUUAAUAGAUGCUGAAAUGAGUGGGAAUUUUCCAGGUUCCAUUCACUGAAGGAAUUUAUGGGUAAGUUCAAGCAGGGUGCAGACGAAUUAGGUUAAUUUACAGGCACAGCCAAAACACAACAAGAAAGACAAAGUCAUUGCCUUCACUUUGUAACCAUGCUGGGUCUCCUAGGUGCUAGUUCUGUGCUUAAUUCUGCAUUGAGUGGAUUGUCCACACAUAAACCUGUCAUUCAAAGGUUGGUUGCUUGGUUGUUUUUUUGGGACAAGGAGGAGGGAGAUUACAAAAAUUUCUAUAAAGUAUCAUGUCAAAAUCCUGCCUGUCCUGUUUGGUGGUAUGUUGGUGCCAUGUGUUUCAUUGUCAUAAAUAAACUUGGCAUUUAGUAGUAAAAUUUAUACCAAACAGGCAAACACCGAGUCCCUUCCCAGGAUGGUAGCUUUUCAUGUCUUUGCAGGAGACGCAAAUAGAAAUAUCAGAGGGACUGGCAUUAAUUAAAGUCCAGUGUCACCUUUUUCUUAAAGGUUGUAUAUUGUUCCAUGUGCACCAAAGGCUUCUCUUCCUACAGUUGCCGCCGCCGCCUCCUCCUGGUGUAGCCCACCAGGGCCACACACGUUUCAAAGUGUUGCAGACUAGUUUUGUGUUUACUGUAUGUUGUAUUUAAAUGUUAAUCAUAUUUUGAUGUUAACCUGUUAAAGGGAAGAUUUGAGGCUGUUAGCAAAAACCUGUGUGAUAAUCCCACAUGGGAGGGUCAGUUUAUCUGGAAUCAAACUGUGUAUUCCUUUUGCUUCAUCUCUGCUCCAUUUGAAACUGGAACCAAAGAACCAAGAUACAGCUUACUUUUAAACUAACCCUAAACAAACCAGUACAUUUGCUUACUCUCCUCUUAAGGUGAAUAUGAACCUGUUUUAAAUGUACAUUUUCAGAUGGAGCAUAGAUUUGUCACUUUACAGAGCUGAAUUCCAGAAGGUGAGACCUAUCCUGUUGAAUACAGUACCUAUGUUGGCCUCUAGCCCUUGGCAGUGUCCUUUUUAAAAUAACCGUAUUUGAUCUGGUACUGUACAUUUUACACAAAUCAUGCCUGUUUAAAAGAGGGAGAAACAGCAAUUGUCCACAUUCAUUUUUGAAAGGAAAAAGCAUUCUAGGAAUUAUAGUUAUAUAAGGAAUCGGUUCUGACAGGUCCAUGUAAGUGUAGGCCACUUGAAAUUUUUGUUAUGAACAUUUGUUACAAAACAUGGCUGUUGCAGGUGUGCUUUUUAAAUUCUCAUUGGGAUAAGAAAAAUACCUUGGUCAUUUGAACUGUAAGACUCUUGUCUGAGAUCUCAGAGGCAGUUGGCUUGUAAGGUUUGGUGUUUGCUACUAGGCAUUGUUUAAAGUUUCCAGUUAUAUAUGGUUGCAUUUAUCCAGGCAAUGUAUAAUCUCCAAUUGAAUUUUGACUAAUAUAUUAGCUUAUGUUCUGCAUACACUAUCAAUUUUUUUUUUUUUUUUGGGCUAAGACUGAAAACAUUCUUCACUUACCGGACAUACUCCGCUUAAGCAAAUGCCUUUGCUUCAGUCACUGAAAGGCUCCAAAUAGAUUUAAGCAUGUCCCUGAGGACCAUAGCUUCCAGAAUGAAAAAAGGUGCAGGAAAUCAAUUUAAGCUCCCCCCCACCCCCACCCCCAAAAAUCACACUUACUUCCCACAUUUCAUAAUUCCCAAACCAAGCUUUAGCACUUCGUCCAUUUCACAUACCGCAUCUAAACCCAUUGUAUUUGCUAGUUUUAAAAUACAGUUCUAUCACUUAGACUGAGAUGGAGAGAAAAGCUGCCUCUUAGGGGCUGGCUUGUUUGUUAUAAAUGUGGAUUUUUAUUAUUCAACAGUUUUGCAGUUCUGACUUGUGCUGUUAAGAGCAAUAAUCUUGAUUCUGAUAAAAUUACAAACACGUGUUGCAUGCUGAUGUAUGGUUUAUGAAACAACAUAGCAGAGAGAUGCAGUGUUCUCUGCAUACAAAAGCACAGAUAAUGUAUUUGCUGGAUGUAGUUAACUAAAACUACAACCUUGGGCUUAAGCAAAACAUUCAUCCUAGAACUGUCAGACUUUCAGAAUGAUACGCUGCAGUCAGAAGAAUUUCUGACAAAUGAGUGCACCCUAAUAAUACAAGUUUUGUACAUCAAGGAGCUUGGAUGGGUUAGACUGAAAAGAGAGCAGGCCCAGCCACUGAAUGGUAAAUCAUAACAAGAGUUCUUAAAAUUCCAGAUGUUUCUAGGUUGUUGGAAGCUUUUUUUUGUUUCAACCAUGUUCAAAAAUUUGAAAGUAGUUCACCCUUGUGUAAAGGGCUUAUGGACCCCUAAGUAGUAUGUAGACUUUGUGCAGGCCUGCUACACAGAAGCCUGGUACAGAUGCUCUGUGCUGACCUGAAUCUCACCCGAAGGCUGUAGGCACCAGUGUAGCUCUAGAAGAUGAAAUGGACUUGUGUACUCAAAUCCUAUUUGAGAAAAAAGUCCCUAAAGAGUCAAUCUGCUGCAGAUCUCCAAGACCUUGUUGUGCAGUGAGGCAGUGCCACAGCUUGUUUCUUUCCAGCCACAGUUUAAAAAAAAAAAAGAGAGAGAGACCAACUUCAUUCAUGGGGAAGAAAUCCUCACACAAAACCACUCCUGGUAUUUCAGAGCAAUUAUACUGGCUUUUUUAUGUAUGACAGUUUCAUAUCAUUUAUUUUUAAAAAAAAUAUUUUUGAGGUUUUUUCAUGGUAAUAUUAUUGUACAGGUUUGCAUGGCAUAGGUGUGAUCACUUUUUGUGUUAGAGUAGAAAAACUGACAAGUGUGCGUGUGGGGAAAAGACUGCUUUUUGCCUCUUCUCACUGUUUUAUGCCCUCACUGUGGUAGGGGACAUUGUAAGAGAUUCUCUGCUACAGAACGAUGUAGAUUCUUUUGCACAGAAAUAUUUAAGGUGGAACAGUCAACAAUGUAAUAAAUGACUUGACACCAAUAUUUUAUGUUGGUAACACUUAAUAUUAACCUACUUUGAUGUAUUGCAAUAAAAACAGGGAACUGUUAGAAA